CCCCUGCAGGCGUGAAUGACAGAGGAGGUGCCCCCGAGCGCGCUUACGGACGUGAACCUGCGUCUGCUCUGCCACGAUGACAUAGACACAGUGAAACAGCUCUGUGGAGACUGGUUCCCAAUAGAGUAUCCUGACUCAUGGUACCGAGAUAUCACUUCCAACAAGAAGUUCUUUUCCCUGGCAGCCACGUAUAGAGGCUCCAUCGUGGGGAUGAUAGUGGCAGAGAUCAAGAGCAGGACAAAGGUGCAUAAAGAGGAUGGAGACAUCCUAGCUUCCAAUUUUCCUGUGGACACUCAAGUUGCUUACAUCCUAAGCCUCGGAGUGGUGAAGGAGUUCAGAAAACAUGGCAUAGGCUCACUCUUGCUCGAGAGUUUAAAAGACCAUAUAUCAACAACAGCCCAGGACCACUGCAAAGCCAUCUACCUGCACGUCCUCACCACGAACAACACAGCAAUAAACUUCUAUGAAAACAGAGACUUUAAGCAGCACCACUAUCUCCCCUAUUAUUAUUCCAUCAGAGGGGUCCUCAAAGAUGGCUUCACCUACGUGCUGUACAUCAACGGCGGACACCCCCCCUGGACAAUCUUUGACUACCUGCAGCACAUCGGGUCUGCGCUGGCCAGCCUGAGCCCCUGCUCCAUCCCGCAGCGGCUCUACCGGCAGGGCCCGCG